AUUAUCUAUGGAUAUCUUCUUAAAUCGUGGCAUAGAGUAUAGAUGAUAGCAUACAACAUUACAAUUCUUAAGCAGCACAACCAUAAUUCAUCUGCCAAAUAAUUUUAUCCAACAGUCACUUAUCUAUAUAGUAGUUACCAGUUAGACCUUGAUCGUAUACUAGACAGUAAUUAGUAUGUCUAUACUACUGAUAAACCGGGCCUAAAUUGUAUUUUGUGGAGAUCAGACGUGGAUUGGUGAUCACAUUUAAAUUAUAUACCUGUGUAUCGAUUUAAUUCGAUUUUUUAAUUAAAUAUUUAAAUCAAUUAUCUGUCUAUCUAAUUGUUGUUUUGAGGAAUUAUAUUAAGACGGAUAUGUGAGAAAGUAGUCUACGAUGGAUGACGACACUAUUGAUAAACUUUCCAGUCAAACUGUAUAUGACCAUGAUGGUUGUGAAAAGACACCACUUUAUGCUAAAAAUAACAAUGAAAAAGCUCUACUUAAAUUAAUUGUAGGUUUUUGUAUGGUAUUUUGCAUUGGAUUAUUAAUUAUUUUAUUAAUUCACAUUCAUUAUGGAUCACAUCAGUUAGUACCUCAUGGAAAUGUAGCAAGUGAUAAUGAUCAAUGCUCUCAACAUGGAAUUGAUGUGCUCAAAAUGGGCGGUAAUGCAGUUGAUGCAGCAAUUACUGCUGCAUUAUGCAACUCUGUAGUACUCCCUCAUCUUUCAGGAUUAGGAGGAAGUGGUGUUAUGGUGGUGUACGAUCAUCGAAAUGGUAUAGGAAAUACAAUUGAUUUUAGAGCUACACAUAGUUCACAUAAUAUUAUCGGAGUACCAGGUUUUAUAGCAGGAUUGUUUUAUGCCAAUGUAAAAUAUGGAAUUCUUCCUUGGAAGACACUAGUUGAACCUUCCAUAAACCUAGCAAAGAUAGGCAUAACUGUUACGGAAAGUUUACUUGAAGCAAUUAAUCAGAAUACCACUAAGUUUGUUAAAGAUGAUAACCUUAAACGUUGGUUGUCCACAGUAUCAACUAGAUCACCUGGUCAAAUAGUUAAAGCACCAAAUGGUCUUAUAAAAACUCUUACCUCAAUAUCUUUACAUGGACCCAUUGAAUUUUAUAAAGAAAUGUCUAAAGAAUUGGAGUCUACCUUAAAACCAGAUGAUGUAAUUAGCUACCAACCACUUGUUUUACCAGUAUUAAAACAAAAUUUUAUGAACUAUUGCAUUAUAACCUCAAAUAAUGGUACCGGAGGACCAAUUUUACUGGAAGUAUUAAGUAAUAUCAAUAAUAUUAAUACAAAUGUUGAAGAUCUAUCAAUAUUGAAUAGCUUUAAAAGAGAUAAUUGGAGUCAAAAUUCAGGAUUACAAGUUUCUACUACAGAUGCUUUUGAUCUUUAUGUAACUAUUACAAGUGGUAUUGGUUCUGUUUUUGGAUCCUAUAUUUUAACUAAUUCUGGUUAUAUAUUGAAUAAUAUUUUGGAUUCAAAUCUUAAAGAACAUAUGAUAAAUCAAACAGAACGAGUAACAUCUUUGCAUUUACCAGUUAUUGCUGUGGAAACAGGAAAUAUAUGUGGAAGAAGAUUAAUCUCAGGUGCUGCUGAUGUACGUGAUGGUACUCAAUUACUUUUAUCAAUGUUAAAAACAGAUCCACAAGACAUAUUAAGUGUUAAUAAUAUUCCUCGUUUUCGUUUAAAAAAUAAUGAUGUUGCAAUUGAAUAUCCAAGUAAUAUAACUAAACAAUUUUCAGAAUUAUUGUUAAGUAUUGGAUUUAAUUUAUCUGAAGCAACUUUGCCUUAUCCUACUUCUAAUAUAGUACAAAAAAAAGGAGAUAGAUCUGUUGCUUUCUCUGAUUCUCGUGGAUCUGGGAAAUCUUAUACUUUAUAGUAUAUAAAAAUUAAUUUUUAAGUAUAUGUUCAACUUUAUGUAAUUUAAACAAUGAACUGUAAUUAGUAUUAUAUUAUAAAAUAUAUAUUUUUCUAUUUGAACCUAUAUAUAAUAAAUACAUAAUAUAUUAAUAUACAAGAUUUAAUAUAUCUAAUGUUUUUUUUUAUUAUAAUAAGUUUGAAAUAUAAUUGACUGUUAAUCGGUAUAGUGUGGGGUCACAGAGUUAUUAUCAAUAUAUAUAUAUAUAUGAUGAA